CAUCGACCUGUUUCACCCCAGCGAGGAUUCCUCUCCCACCUCAUCCCGGGACUAGUCCUGAGUGACUCCAGAUCUGAGUUGUGUCCAUGCAAAGUGGUCUGUGCCGGGUGUGAAACAGGAGAGUCCGUGUAUCAUAUUGGGAAGAGCCAUGCGCUGCACAGCCAUUCUACGGAUCGUGGUGAUUCUACUCACCCUGCUUACAACAUGGUUCUUUGCCGAAAAGUUUUUUUCCGGUAAAAAAGAUAUAAAGAGGAACGUGUUAGAACAGAAGAAAGUCAAGAUCAACUGCGGGAAUGAAAAACCCUGCCCGGAUGAUUACUUUGCAUUUAAGAUUAUUAGCGGGGCGGCCAAUGUCGUGGGACCAUCUAUUUGCUUUGAGAACAUUAUUAUCAUGAGCAGUGUCAGAAAUAACAUCGGCCGAGGACUGAACAUUGCGCUAAUAAAUGCUUCCACUGGGAUUCUGAUCAAAACGGAUUCAUUUGAUAUGUAUUCAGGAGAUGUGAAACCACUUCUGGACUUUAUAAAGCCUGUGAAGGAUGGGACCCUGGUGUUUGUUGCAUCUUUUGAUGAUCCAGGUACAAAGUUAAAUGAUGAAGCCAGGGCUGUUUUCACAGAAUUUGGAAGCAGUUAUGCAAAGAAAAUAAAUUUCCGAGACAGCUGGCUCUUUGUGGGAGGAAAAGGGAUAAAUUCCAAAAGCCCAUUUGAACAGCACAUCAAGAACAACAAGGAGACAAACAAAUAUGAUGGAUGGCCGGAGGUGCUGGAAAUGGAAGGCUGUAUUCCCAGGAAAACUAAGUAAAGACACAGGAUAGUCUGUUCCACUCCCCCAGCUUCCGGCAUGUCCCUCUUGCUCCCAUUGCAGAUCCAGUCAUAGGAAUAUCCAAGGCCACUGAGCAAUUUGUUAUUAAACACUGGUACUUGGCCCGUACCAAUGAAACAGGCCUAAAGCAAAACCAGUAUCUUAAGAAUGGGACUUCAUUCAAUGUUGCCUUUAAUAUGUACUGUGAACACCAAAGCUGGGAUUUUAUUAGGGAUGAAUGAAGUCAACAGACGAGAGAUCAAAUAUAACAGUCCGACUAAAGAGAAAAGGGACGACUGUAAAUGAUUCCUGUCUUUAUUAUGAACUUUGCAGUGUGGCACAGGAGCUGGCAAUCUCAUGCAGAACGGGUUAAGAAUCUAGGGUUCCUGCACCCGGGAAUAUUGUCAACUGAACUUGUGCCUGUAAAUGUUCCCCUAAAUAUUUCCAUUGAUCCCUGCUGUCUUUCAUUGUGGACCCAUAGGAUUUAUAAAUUGUAUUUAAUAUGUGGGAUUGUUGGGAGACAGCAUAGAAUGACUGGCUCAGUUGAUUCUCCAAUUAAUGUAAUAUAUACACGGGAGAAUGUAUUUUCUGUGCACUCUAGAGAGAGUGUUUAUUUUGUGCCCAAAACAUUCAAAAUCUGUAUUUUUAUAUUUAUAUAUGGAAAGGUGGUGCCAGACUGUUCCCAUAAUACAGUAUGAGAGGAUAGAUUAUUGUGUGCCCAGAACAUGCCUUCCUUAUAUUUCUAUAGUUGUGCAUAUUCUGUGCAGGAAAUAAACUGUACAUUAAUACUGUC